UUUAUAGUUAACACCCAACAUGGAGCAGGGCGAAGAACCUCCACAUUGUGUGGUCAAAUUAGAACAUAUUGCUGGAUGUACAAAUAAAACUCCAGGUUGUUUAUCGUGGGGAGAUAAUGAUUUGGUCGCAAUGGGUUCAAGCAAUUCUGUUGUAAUCAGCAAAAAAAUGAUAAAAGAAGGAACACAAACAUUUCGAAGUGCGAUAAAGACUCUAAAUCAACAUACUGGAAAAGUUAUUUGUGUUAAAUGGAUGCAUGAAUUGAAAUCUACGAAUAUACAAUCUGAAACAUCUUAUCUAUUAUCUGGCUCUACUGAUAAGACUAUUAUAGUUUGGGAAAUAUCAUUUUGUUCAAAGUUGAAACAGUAUAUUUACAAUUCUUGUGUAUCAUUGAAAGGCCAUACAUCGACUGUUACAAGUGUUGAUGGUAUGUUCUCUAAUUAUGAAAAUCGAGAAUCAGAAAAGAGUAUUAUUGUAUCAACAGGUGUAGAUUCAACAAUUCUUAUUUGGGGAAAUUUAGAAUCCACUGAUCCUAAAGAUUUCAAGCUCAUUCAAAAAAUUGAUUUGAAUCGUUCUCUAGCUUUGGCAAUUUCCUUGAAUGUAUUACCAAACCAAACCCCAAUACUCGCUUGUGGGCUAGAUAGUUCGCGAAUAGAUUUGUAUUGUAUGAAUCAACAAGGUGAUGGGGAUUUAUUUUCACCUGUAUUAUCGCUUACUGGUCAUGAAGAUUGGGUCCGAGGCCUUGAUUUUCUUACUAUUGAAAAUGGAGAUCUAAUGUUAGCAUCAUGCUCUCAAGAUGGCUUUGUUCGAUUAUGGAAAAUUAAAAGGAAAAUUGAUGAAGAAGUCACAGAUGUUUUAAAAAUACGAGAAUUGACGUUUGUUUCAUUUUCUCAGAAUCAUGAACAAACCUAUGUAGUUCAUUUGGAAGCUGUAUUAGCUGGUCACGAAGGAUGGGUUUACAGUGUGCAGUGGAAUAAAAAUGACAUGGGUAGGAUAAGACUUUUGUCAUCUUCAAUGGACAAAUCAAUUAUAUUAUGGGAGGUUGAUGAUGAAAGUGGCAUUUGGAUUGAAAAGUCUCGUUUUGGAGAAGUUGGUGGGAACACUUUGGGCUUUUAUGGGGCAGUGUUUAAUUGCUCUGGGACCCAAUUUAUGGCACAUAGUUAUAACGGUGCGCUCCAUCUUUGGGAAGAAAUUUUAUAUGAGGGACAAAGCAGUCGUUGGAACACUGGUGUUGUUAUGUCAGGACAUUGUAAUCAUGUGCUAGAUAUUUCAUGGGAACCAAAACAUGGCCGUUACUUUGUGAGUACCAGUUUGGAUCAAACCACCAGACUUUUCGCUCUUUGGAAAAAAGGUGGACAGGAUUCUUGGCAUGAAAUUGCGAGGCCUCAGAUUCAUGGUUAUGAUAUGCAAUGCGUAUCAAUGGUUAACAGUUGUAGUUUCAUUUCAGGUGCAGAUGAAAAAGUUCUACGGGUAUUCGAAGCUCCACAAAACUUUCUUCAAAAUUUGGAAACUUUGACUGGAACUAAAUUGGAAAUAUCUCAUAAAGUUCUUGAAGGUGCAACUAUUCCUGCACUGGGCCUUUCCAACAAAGCAGUUAUGAGUAAUGAAAUUUCAACUACGAAUGAAAAGUCUAGAGGAGAAAUGUUUAUUGAAAAUCAAUUUAAAAGUCUCGUACUUCAACAACCUCCAUCUGAAGAACAUCUGCUACAAAACUCACUUUGGCCAGAAACAAAUAAAUUGUAUUGGCAUGUUUAUGAGAUAUUCUGUGUUGCUUGUGAUUCUUCUGGAGCUCUUGUAGCAUCAGCAGCAAAGUCAGCUACACCCCAGCAUGCUACUAUUGUUUUGUGGAGUACCAAAUCUUGGAAAGAAGUAGCACAAUUACAGGGUCAUACAUUGACUGUUACACAAAUGGAAUUCAGCAACAAUAGCAAGUUUUUGUUGUCUGUUUCAAGGGAUAGAACUUGGAUGUUGCAUAAAAUUACCAGCGAUCAGAGUAAUGGUUAUUCUGUUUCUAUAUUUGCGAAGUCAGAAAAAUCAACGUGUCAUGCUAGAAUAAUAUGGUCUGCAUCGUGGACGCAUGAUGAUAAAUUCUUCUGUACAGGAUCUAGAGAUAAAAAGAUAAUGUUUUGGAAAGUAAAUGAAUUAGAAAAUCAAGUUGAGGAAACUUCUAAAAAGAACUCGGUCACCAGAAUUCUGUUUACAGCUGUUGCAGAAGCAGUCACUGCUGUUGCUUUUGGAAAUUGUUUUACAAGCCAGACGAAAUAUCAACUUGCCAUAGGAAAAGAAAGUGGAUUAUUAGAACUAUAUUUGUUCAAUGGUGCUUAUAAUGAAUAUGAAUGUGCUUUGUUGUAUAAGUUGAGUAUCUAUGACUCACAUUCAGCUGCAGUGAAGAGAAUACGCUGGAGGCCGAUUGGUGAUGGAUCGCUUGGCCAGUGUAUUGCAACCUGUGGUGAAGAUAAUUUGAUUAAAGUUUUUUCUAUCAAUACAUUGUAAUAAGAGAUGUUGAAGGAAUGUGUAUAAAUAAAACUUUGCUAAUGCAAUUUGAAAAAUGUUCCCCAAAAUUUCUGAUGACCAUAGGUACCUAAUGUUUUUAAAACUUGAGUACUAGGUUAUGUUAUUUUUGCUGUAAAAUCAUAGUUUGUGGUAAUUUGGCAUGCACAUUUAGGUGCAAAAAAAA